GAACUAUCACCAAUAGUAAAAUCAAUCCACAGUCCAUGGCGUCCGGCUCUUUCUAAAGCUCCGGCUUAGAGGCCGUUGUAAUCCCCAGCAAAAACACGCCAACCUCACCGAUCCACUUCAACUAACAAUUACCAACCCCCUCCCUAUCUCCCCCCGCUAAGUUACACGGAUACUUCUGCCCUCGUCAUCACCCUUCCGGGCCAACAGAAUGCCGGCGAACAAGGUAUCACGGACUGCCCAGAACUACAAACAAUCCAACCCAAACGGUACUGGCAAGGACCCCGAUCAAAAUGGUGGACCUAAACUUCCCCCUACUACUCCAGGGAAGAAACCCAAACGUGGUUCCAUAAGUGCUCCUAAACAAUCUGCGAUGACGCCCGUGCCUCCUUCCUUGGACUAUAUCAAAGUUCAAGAAGAUGAGAUUGAGGUAUUGAAGUCCAUAUUUAUGGACGAUUAUGAAACGGUUGAAACCUCAAGGGCUUGGAAUAAAUCAAAUCUAGCCUUCAAAAUACGUCUCAAAGCUCCCUCGGAUGAGGAAAUAUCUUGUGUCCUCCAUGUGACUUUUACAGCUACUUAUCCUAAAACUGCCCCUGAGCUACGUCUUAUACCAUCCUCUGCCAUCCAGCCAAUUCAUAUGGAAAGGCUACAAUCCCUGCUUUCGCAAUCUCUACGGAAGAACUUGGGACAGGAAAUGAUUUUUGAUAUCACCACUGCGAUACAGGACGCUCUAGAAGAUAUCGUUCAAUCAAAUCUAGUCGAUCAGGGUAAACCCAGUCUUGAUGAGGAGCGAGCACUGAAGGCAAUGGAAGCUCAACUUCUUGCUGAACGGGAAUCAGAGGAAGCUCGCAAACGUGAAGAGAGAAUGGAGAUGGAAGCCCAACGGAAGCUGCGGGAGGAGAUAGAUGAAGAAAUUCGCAGACAAAAGGCGAAUGCCAAACAGUCUCACGAGAAACGAAGGGCCCCAUCAAUAGACUACGACGAAGUAGUAGCCGAUGAUUGCAUUUUGUUUGAUCGGGUCAUUAGUAUCAAGCGUGGAUACAAUGCUGCCCCUAUUCUGUUUCGCAAGGUCUCAGGAAUGGUUAAGAUUGCCACUGGUCCUCUCAUGUCUGUGUAUACUGUUCACCCCGUCCUUGCCCCCAGCCAAGAGAAUGGCCUCCCGCUGGUGCUUAAACAGGCGGAUGUCCCUGAUUUCUUGAAUGCGAAGGGUAUGGAUGGGAAAAAGAAAGUACAAAAUCUGGAGUUGGAACUGGACGAGAUGAGGGGACUGAGGCAUAAUAACGUUGUAGAAAUUUACGGCAGCAAGGUUUUCCGCAUCGACACUUUGUCAAAUGGUGGCUAUGAGAAUUCAUCUGGCUCUACAGGGGGUUGGCGAAUAUCUAUACUUAUGGAAUACUCUAAUAAGGGAAGCCUGCACGAUUUGCUGGAAACCGUGGGCCAACUUAGUGUCGAUAUUGUUAGAGCAUGGACUAUCUCUUUGAUAGAGGGCUUGGAUUACAUCCACCGAAUGGGAACGGUUCAUGGAGGGAUCCGCGCCCAGAACAUUCUUUUAUUCCGCGACAGCUCGGGUGACUCAACCAUCCCCAAACUCACGGACAUAGGCUACACGCUAGCGUUACGGGAGAUCAUAGGCAACGAGCAUGGGCAUCCUGAAACCUCGACGGCUGCAUCAGCAAAACCCGUUUCUUGGCUCCCUCCAGAAAACGCGAACCAGGUAAAAGCCAAACAAAGCAAUCGCAAGACAGACAUCUGGAAUCUGGGUAUUAUGAUUCUCCAAAUGUUAUUUGGGCUCAAGGUUGUGGAUAAAUAUUCUUCUCCGUUCGAUCUUAUCCAUAAUAUGGACCUUUCGGAUUCCUUAAAAGAUUUUCUAGAGAGGAUAUUCAAGUCGGAUCCGAAGAAGAGACCUACCACCUUUGAUUUGCUUCCUUCUGAAUUUCUGAGAAGCAGUGAUCCUAUUCUCGUUCCCGAUACUCCAUCUCCUGAGCUCUCGAAGACGGACUGGCCCGUGUCAAAUACAGGAAGCUCCAAUCGUCCUCGUCGAGACUCCACUACUAUAGGGAAUACUAGUAGAUAUGCUAAUGAUUUCACAGAACUUGGGCGAUUGGGUAAAGGAGGGUUUGGCGAGGUGGUUAAAGCCAGAAACAAGCUCGACGGCAAUACCUAUGCUAUCAAGAAAAUCACAAAAAUUGGCCGCUCCAAGCUGAACAACAUCCUGCAUGAGGUUAUGCUGCUGAGCAGGUUGAAUCAUAACUCUAUUGGGGCGGAGGAUGAGGAUGAAGGGAGUGAUCGUAGUGGAAGUGGCGAUGGCAUUGAGUUCACGAACGGAACUGGUGGUUUGGAUUUCAUAAGUGGGGGUGGAUAUUCAGAUGUCAGCUUUGAAGAUGACAGUGAUGAGCCAGACGAAUCGGAGGACGAGGAAGCAAAUGAAGAGGGAAAAGAGGAAGAUGUCCUCAAAGCUAUGAGAAACCGCGAUGGAAAGGGCCGGGCACCCAUUGUUAGAAGGAAAUCUAGUAGCGGGAAAAGCUCCAGGUCUACCUUAUACAUACAAAUGUCGCUCGCCGAUCAACUGACCAUAAGAGAUAAAGUCCUUAGCGGCUUGCAUGCCGAUGAGGCCUGGAGAUUACUUCGGCAGGUUCUCGAGGGAUUGGCACACAUCCAUGGACUUGGGAUUAUCCAUCGUGAUCUCAAACCCGAGAAUAUAUUUAUCGAUUUAAAUGGGAAUCCGCAGAUAGGAGAUUUCGGGUUGGCUACCAGUGGACAGGUGUCAAACAAGGCCAACCAAGCUGAAUCAGAUGAUAUAGAUCUAACCACCAAUGUUGGAACCAUUCUCUACGUAGCUCCGGAAUUAAGGACCACCAAGGGCCAUGGAAAAUACGAUGGAAGGGCAGACAUGUACUCUCUUGGGAUCAUAUUCUUCGAGAUGUGCUACAUUCCUCUUGUCACGGUUAUGGAACGUGGGAAAGUCAUUGGAAAGCUCAGAGAAAAGGAGGUCAACUUCCCGUCUGAUUUUGCAACAGACAAGAAUGCAGUCCAAGUCUCUAUCAUCAAAUCGCUACUCAGCCAUGAUCCGGCUGAGCGGCCAUCGAGCAUGGAUCUGCUAAACUCUGGGAAAUUACCACUCAAGGUCGAAGAUGAAACUAUGCGUCAAGCGUUACGAAGUAUCUCGAAUCCCGGGACUCCUCAUCAUCAGCAGGUUAUGUCUGCGCUUUUCUCUCAGAGUACCAAGGAGUACAAAGACCACACCUACGAUCCUGGGAAAAGCAUCCUCUCGCGCCACGAUAUUAUCCUCCAGGGAACGGUCAGAGAGCGUCUCAUCGAGAUAUUUAGGCACCAUGGAGCUGUAGAAACCACCAGGCCACUCCUACUCCCCCGAAGCAAGCUUUACAACCGGGAUGUUGCGCAGCUGUUAGACCAGAGCGGAACAGUCGUACAGUUGCCGUAUGAUUUAACAUUACCCCAUGCACGAUCAUUGGCUAGGCAAGAGACUCUUAGUCCAAAAACCUUUACUUUCGGGACAGUAUACAGGGACAACCCAGCGGGUGGUCAACCUCGAAGCCAUGGAGAAGUUGAUUUUGAUAUUAUUAGCUAUGACAGCCACGAUCUUGCGCUCAAGGAGGCUGAAGUGAUAAAGGUUAUUGACGAAAUCCUAGAUGCUUUUCCUAGUUUGCGUAAAGCCCAAAUGUGCUUUCACAUCAAUCAUGCAGACCUUUUGGAUAUAAUUAUGGAGUUCUGUAGGAUCAACCCAGCACAUCAACCUGUUGCAAAGGAGACCCUGAGCAAACUCAACACUGGUCAAUGGCUUUGGCCCAGGAUUAGAGAUGAACUGAUUAUCUCUGGAUUAGGAAUCUUACCAACUAGUCUUGACGACCUUGCCAAGUUCGAUUGGAGGGACGAACAAGAGAAAGCACUUAGCAAGCUAAAUCUCCUUCUUCGUGGCUCAAACCUAGCUGAUAAGGCAAAAACAGCCUUCGCUCAUAUACGCGCUGUGAUCGGAUACCUAAAGCAAUUUGGCAUCACAAGGGAUAUAUACGUCAGUCCCCUUGGAACCUGGAAUGAUAAGUUCUAUCGUGGAGGUGUUGUUUUCCAAUGCGUUGUUGACUCCAGGAAAAGGGAUGUCUUUGCCGCAGGCGGUAGGUACGAUAGCUUGGUACAGAGCCAUAGACCAGCCGUCCGAGGUAUUGCAGAGGAAACUCACGCCGUCGGGUUCAACUUAGGCUGGGAGAAGCUCUUCACCUCUGUGGCUCGUUUCCAAAAGAACUAUGCCAAACCGCAACACAAGAGAGGCGAAGAUGAGAACCUCAGACCAUGGGUGACUAGGCGCUACGAUGUCCUUGUAGCUAGCUUUUGCAAAACGGCCCUCAGAACUCAGGGAAUAGCAAUAUUGCGGGAAUUGUGGGCAAACGGUAUCAGUGCAGAGCUGGCAGGUGAUGCUUCCAGCCCAGAGCAGCUGAUCAAUAGUUACAAAGGAGACGGCAUAUCUUGGAUCAUCAUUAUUAAGCAGGGCUUUGGUUCUUCCCUAGACGGAGACCGCUGCUUGAAGGUGAAGAGCUUGCUCAGAAAGGAAGAUGUCGAACUCAGAGUCGCAGACAUGGUACCGUAUCUGAAGAACGAGAUUAUUGAAAGAGAAAAGAAAGAGAGGUCUUCCACUAUUUCGGGAAGCCCGGGGGUGCUGGCGGGGAUGAAAUCCCUUACCAGACACCCCAGCUCCGGUGGUGAAAUACCUGGGCGUCAGGCAGGAGAUGACGGUGACGCGGGCGUGAGGAUUCUCGCGAGUGAUCGAAAAGGCAGGAAAAUUAGCAAGGGUAACAUUAUCAGUGCGGCUCAACGCGCAGCAUCUGAACUUCUCACAAAUUUCUUCCGCGACGCUCCGAUUGCCGCCAUCGACGUACGAGAUGACAUCCUCCACGCGAUCAAAUAUGCAGGCCUUCACGACCAAGAGGCUUGGCGAAAAAUCAUCCAGGGCUCCCCUGCCGUCGAUAGGAAAUACAUCUCCCAAGUCCAGGAUCUACUUGUGGACCUCAAAGAAAACUCCCGGACCAAUGGAUGCCUCGUAUUUAAUUACCGUACCGGGGUGAUUGUUUUUUACCACUUGAAUUGAAUCGAGCCCAGCUCAGGUUAGGAGCAUGGUGGAUGGAGUGCACAUGUGUAGGAGGUGAUAGCUGGAUUUGUGGUAUCUUUUUUAUGAUUUAUUUCAAAUUCUCUACUCUGCUCAGGUUUUCUUUUUGCCCUUUUUCCAUUUCCAUCUGGUGUAUCGUAACAGUAAUGGGGCGAUGUGUGGCUCCUUUCUUUUCUCCCCCUUUUGCGUUGUAGCACCGUAGGUGCUUUGAAUACCCCUCCAUCUGUAAUCUGUCGCCUGGAGUUCGAUAUGUAUCAUAAUUUACCUUUUUCUCU